GACCUUUCUUAAAUCCCUAGUUCUCUGCUGAAGACAAGAUCUUCGGAAGCAGUUUCCAACCCCAAAUUUCUCGUAUUUUCUGGCUGGUUUCAUCUACGCUUGUUCGUAUUCGGAAAAGCUAUUAAUUUGAGCUUCGUUUUCGAGUGGCAAUGCCGGAGAAUAAGCCGGUGAUCGGGCUCGCAUGGGAGCCUAAGAUCCCUGGAUUACCAUGUGAAACUUUAACCAAACCAAAAACUGCAACUUUUUCUGAUGGCAAAUCUCGAGAUGAGCCGGAAAGUAGUGCGCUUUGGAAACCCAGUUCGGAGCUCAUAGAUGGGCUCUUCGUUCCGCCUAACGAUCCUAAAAAGUUGAACAAGUUGCAGAGAAAGCAGAUUAAAGAUACUACAGGCAGCAACUGGUUUGAUAUGCCUGCUCCAACAAUCACUCCAGAAGUGAAGAAAGAUCUUCAGCUGCUAAAGUUGAGGAGUGUUAUUGAUCCAAAGAGACACUAUAAGAAGGGUGAUUCGAAAUCAAAGACACUGCCAAAGUAUUUCCAGAUUGGUACGGUGAUAGAAUCUACAACAGACUUCUUCUCGGGUAGGCUAACUAAGAAGGAGAGGAAGCCAACCAUUGCGGACGAGCUACUUUCUGAUCCUGCUGUCAAACAGUACAGGAAGCGCAAGGUACGGGAGAUUGAGGAACGAAAUCAGCCGGCUGGAAAUGACAAAUGGAAGAUUAGGGGUCGGCAGACAAUGAAGCGUAAAAAGCAAAGAAGGCAUUGAUCUCUUUACAAUUUUGAAUUAUGGAAUCUUCUCUUUUCGUUUUAGGAGAUGGACUUGACAGAAGCACGAGGAACGCCUAUCUCAAAAUUGCCAGAGUUGUGUUUCCAACCUCAUACGUACACAUCAAAGCAGCAUUAAAGUGAAAGCGUUUUUCUCUAGUAUGGAUUGGAUACCCCAUUUUUAGUCCUCUAUCAUGUGGGGUUUCAUUUUUUACUAUUGUUUGCUACUGGACCCGAGCACAAGAAGAAAGUCCAACGUAUUAAUAUUAGUAGCUCGGUCUAUUGUACCCAACUAGUGGUUGUUAUUUGAAUGCACUGAGCAAUGAUGAGUUUAUGUUUCAUAGCUAGAGGAAUCUAUUGGGUGAUGAUGACGUACAAUUUUUAGCAAGUGGAACUGCUGAGUGGUGCAGGAAGCUGCCAGCUAUCCUUAUCCACAACAGAGUUAGUUUGUGAGCAGCUACGGCAGUCUAAAGUUGUCUGUGUGGUCCUGAUUAUGACUUUGGGUUGGGGUUAAGUAUACAUUUAA